CUAUCAACACAAAUAUUUGAAAAUAAUAAAAUGAAGUCCAUUAUAAAUACAAUAUUAUUUGAUGUGUCUAAAAAUGAGAUAUUUAAAAUUAAUGAGAACUUUAAAAUGUUACAUCGAAAGUUAAAGACAACAUGGAAAGUUCUGAUAAACCGUGAAGAACUUUCGCCUUCAAUACUCCAAGACGUCAAAAUACUUGUCGUACCAGGACCUCAGAACGUCUUCAAUGAUGAUGAGUUAGCAGCGCUUAAAAGUAUCGUGGAGAGGGGAGAUUCUGUGCUGGUCCUCAUGACUGAUGGGGGAGAAGAAAGAAUGAAUACUAAUAUCAAUUUCUUCCUAGAAGAGUAUGGAAUCGUUGUGAAUAAUGAUUGCGUGGUUCGCGCGAAGUACCACAAGUUCUACCACCCAAAAGAAUGUCAUAUCUCGAACGGUAUCCUAAACCGAGCUAUUACCAAAUUCAUUAUGAAAAUGCCAAACUACACAAGUGAAUCUGAUGAUUUCCUUGAAGAUCCCCCGUCACCAAACUUCAUUUAUCCGUAUGGUGCAACGCUUACAGUUAAAAAGCCAGCUGUAGCAAUCCUGUCCAGCAGUGAUGUAUGCUAUCCUGUUAAAAGACCAGUUGCAGCUUUAUACACUUCGGAGAAGACAGGAGGUAAGCUUUUCGUGAUGGGUUCAGGUCAUUUCUUCACGGAUCAGUAUUUGGACUGUGAAUGUAAUGAUCUCAUUCGUGAGUUAAUAUUCAACUACCUCGGUGGAGUAACUGAUUUGCAUCUCAACCCAGUCGAUGUGGAUGAUCCUGAUGUAAACGAAUACCGUACCUUAGGUGAUGUACUAUGGCUCAGUACUUUGCUUCUGCCGGAGCCAGCAAGUUCCCCACCACCACGGCUGACACCGCUUCAUCCUCACGCCCUCUUCACAUGGAGACUAUUUUCUCUCAAUCUCUCGCACUUACCAGAAGUACUAGGACUACAUGAGGAGUUAGGAGUAAAACACGAACCUCUUCGGCUGAUCGCCCCGCAGUUUGAAACUCCAUUUCCACCUUUACAAUUAGCCGUAUUCGCUCCGACGUUUCGAGAGCCGCCUCCACCACCAUUGGAGCUAUUUGACCUCGACGAAGCCUUUUCAUCAGAAAAGUCACAACUUGCAAGACUUGCAAACAAGUGUCUGCAGCCAAAUAGCAAUAGGAUGGCACAAGGUGAUGGACAACUAGAAAAUGAACUAGAGUACUUCAUACGAGAGUGUGGACGUGCUGUGCGAUUGACGAAGUCCCAGAACCAACGAGCAAAACAAGUUGAAGAUCCCCCGUCACCAAACUUCAUUUAUCCGUAUGGUGCAACGCUUACAGUUAAAAAGCCAGCUGUAGCAAUUCUGUCCAGCAGUGAUGUAUGCUAUCCUGUUAAAAGACCAGUUGCAGCUUUAUACACUUCGGAGAAGACAGGAGGUAAGCUUUUCGUGAUGGGUUCAGGUCAUUUCUUCACGGAUCAGUAUUUGGACUGUGAAUGUAAUGAUCUCAUUCGUGAGUUAAUAUUCAACUACUUCGGUGGAGUAACUGAUUUGCAUCUCAACCCAGUCGAUGUGGAUGAUCCUGAUGUAAACGAAUACCGUACCUUAGGUGAUGUACUAUGGCUCAGUACUUUGCUUCUGCCGGAGCCAGCAAGUUCCCCACCACCACGGCUGACACCGCUUCAUCCUCACGCCCUCUUCACAUGGAGACUAUUUUCUCUCAAUCUCUCGCACUUACCAGAAGUACUAGGACUAUAUGAGGAGUUAGGAGUAAAACACGAACCUCUUCGGCUGAUCGCCCCGCAGUUUGAAACUCCAUUUCCACCUUUACAAUUAGCCGUAUUCGCUCCGACGUUUCGAGAGCCACCUCCACCACCAUUGGAGCUAUUUGACCUCGACGAAGCCUUUUCUUCAGAAAAGUCACAACUUGCAAGACUUGCAAACAAGUGUCUGCAGCCAAAUAGCAAUAGGAUGGCACAAGGUGAUGGACAACUACAAAAUGAACUAGAGUACUUCAUACGAGAGUGUGGACGUGCUGUGCGAUUGACGAAGUCCCAGAACCAAGGAGCAAAACAAGUGUUACACCAACUUGGUUUACAACUAGCAACUUUUAAGAAAAUUGCGCCUAAAGAUUAAUCUUAAGAUUAAAAUAUUAUUCAAAAUAACGUUUUAUUUUAUGCGU